AUGCUAGACCCUUGUUCUUUAUAUUUUGCACACGCUAGCCCGCCCCCUUCUCUCUCCUUCCAUCACCCCGCCCCAUUCCCCCUCCUUCCAUCACCCUGCCCCAUUCUUCCGCUUUCCAUCAGCCCGCCCCAUUCUCCCGCUUUCCGUCACCCCUCCCCUUUCUCCCGCUUUCCAUCUCCCCGCCCCAUUCUCCCGCUUUCCAUCACCCCGCCCCAUUCUCCCGCUUUCCAUCACCCCGCCCCAUUCUUCCGCUUCCCAUCAUCCCGCCCCAUUCCCCCGCUUUCCAUCACCCCUCCCCAUUCUCCCUCCUUCCAUCACCCCGCUCCAUUCUCUCGCUUUCCAUCACCGCGCCCCAUUCUCCCGCUUUCCAUCACCCUGCCCCAUUCUCCCUCCUUCCAUCACCCCGCCCCAUUCUCCCGCUUUCCAUCACCCCGCCCCAUUCUCCCUCCUUCCAUCACCCCGCCCCAUUCUCCCUCAUUCCAUCACCCUGCCCCAUUCUCCCGCUUUCCAUCACCCCGCCCCAUUCUCCCGAUUCCCAUAACCCCACCCCAUUCCCCCGCUUUCCAUCACCCCGCCACAUUUUCCCACUUUCCAUCACCCCGCCCCCUUCUCUCUCCUUCCAUCACCCCGCCCCAUUCUCCCUCCUUCCAUCAACCCGCCCCAUUCUCCCGCUUUCCAUCAGCCCGCCCCAUUCUCCCGCUUUCCAUCACCCCGCCCCUUUCUCCCGCUUUCCAUCUCCCUGCCCCAUUCUCCCGCUUUCCAUCACCCCGCCCCAUUCUCCCGCUUUCCAUCACCCAGCCCCAUUCUCCCGCUUUCUGUCACCCCGCCCCAUUUUCCCUCUUUCCAUCACCCCGCCCCAUUCUCCCGCUUUCCAUCACCCUGCCCCAAUAUCCCGCUUUCCAUCACCCCACCCCAUUCUCCCUCCUUCCAUCACCCCGCCCCAUUCUCCCGCUUUCUAUCACCCCGCCCCAUUCUCCCGCUUUCCAUCACCCAGCCUCAUUCUCCCGCUUUCCAUCACCCCGCCCCAUUCUCCCGCUUUCCAUCACCCCGCCCCAUUCUCCCGCUUUCCAUCACCCCGCCCCAUUCUCCCUCCUUCCAUCUCCCCGCCCCAUUCUCCUGCUUUCCAUCACCCCUCCGCCCCAUUCUCCUGCUUUCCAUCACCCCUCCCGUUUCUCCCACUUUCCAUCUCCCCGCCCCAUUCUCCCGCUUUCCAUCACCCCGCCCCAUUCUCACGCUUUCCAUCACCCCGCCCCAUUCUUCUGCUUCCCAUCAUCCCGCCCUAUUCCCCCGCUUUCCAUCACCCCUCCCCAUUCUCCCUCCUUCCAUCACCCUGCCCCAUUCUCUCGCUUUCCAUCACCCCGCCCCAUUCUCCCGCUUUCGAUCACCCCGCCCCAUUCUCCCGCUUUCCAUCACCCCAGCCCAUUCUUCCUCCUUCCAUCACCCCGCCCCAUUCUCCCGCUUUCCAUCACCCCGCCCUAUUCUCCCUCCUUCCCUCACCCCGCCCCAUUCUCCCUCAUUCCAUCACCCCGCCCCAUUCUCCCGCUUUCCAUCACCCCGCCCCAUUCUCCCUCCUUCCAUCACCCCGCCCCAUUCUCCCUCAUUCCAUCACCCCGCCCCAUUCUCCCGCUUUCCAUCAUCCCGCCCCAUUCUCCCUCCUUCCAUCAUCCCGCCCCAUUCUCCCGCUUUCCAUCACUCCGCCCAUUCUCCCUCCUUCCAUCACCCCGCCCCAUUCUCCCUCCUUCCAUCACCCCGCCCCAUUCUCCCGCUUUCCAUCACCCCGCCCCAUUCUCCCGCUUUCCAUCACCCCGCCCCAUUCUACCGCUUUCCAUCAUCCCGCCCCAUUCUCCCUCCUUCCAUCACCCCGCCCCAUUCUCCCGCUUUCCAUCACCCCGCCCCAUUCUCCCGCUUCCCAUAACCCCACCCUAUUCUCACGCUUUCCAUCACCCCGCCACAUUCUCCCACUUUCCAUCACCCCGCCCCCUUCUCUCUCCCUCCAUCACCCCGCCCCAUUCUCCCUCCUUCCAUCACCCCGCCCCAUUCUCCCGCUUUCCAUCAGUCCGCCCCAUUCUCCUGCUUUCCAUCACCCCUCCCCCCAUUCUUCCUCCUUCCAUCACCCCGCCCCAUUCUCCCGCUUUCCAUCACCCCGCCCUAUUCUCCCUCCUUCCAUCACCCCGCCCCAUUCUCCCUCAUUCCAUCACCCCGCCCCAUUCUCCCGCUUUCCAUCACCCCGCCCCAUUCUCCCUCCUUCCAUCACCCCGCCCCAUUCUCCCUCAUUCCAUCACCCCGCCCCAUUCUCCCGCUUUCCAUCAUCCCGCCCCAUUCUCCCUCCUUCCAUCAUCCCGCCCCAUUCUCCCGCUUUCCAUCACUCCGCCCAUUCUCCCUCCUUCCAUCACCCCGCCCCAUUCUCCCUCCUUCCAUCACCCCACCCCAUUCUCCUGCUUUCCAUCACCCCGCCCCAUUCUCCUGCUUUCCAUCACCCCGUCCCAUUCUCCCUCCUUCCAUCACCCCGCCCCAUUCUCCCUCCUUCCAUCACCCCGCCCCAUUCUCCCGCUUUCCAUCAGCCCGCCCCAUUCUCCCGCUUCCCAUAACCCCACCCCCUUCUCCCGCUUUCCAUCACCCCGCCACAUUCUCCCGCUUUCUAUCACCCCGCCUAAUUCUCCCUCCUUCCAUCACCCCGCCCCAUUCUCCCGCUUUCCAUCACCCCGCCCCAUUCUACCGCUUUCCAUCAUCCCGCCCCAUUCUCCCUCCUUCCAUCACCCCGCCCCAUUCUCCCGCUUUCCAUCACUCCGCCCCAUUCUCCCUCCUUCCAUCACCCCGCCCCAUUCUCCCUCCUACCAUCACCCCGCCCCAUUCUCCCGCUUUCCAUCACCCCGCCCCAUUCUCCCGCUUCCCAUAACCCCACUCCAUUCUCCCGGUUUCCAUCACCCCGCCCCCUUCUCUCUCCUUCCAUCACCCCGCCCCAUUCUCCCUCCUUCCAUCACCCCGCCCCAUUCUCCUGCUUUCCAUCAGCCCGCCCCAUUCUCCUGCUUUCCAUCACCCCGCCCCUUUCUCCCGCUUUCCAUCUCCCCGCCCCAUUCUCCCGCUUUCCAUCACCCCGCUCCAUUCUCUCGCUUUCCAUCACCCCGCCCCAUUCUUCCGCUUCCCAUCAUCCCGCCCCUUUUCCCCGCUUUCCAUCACCCCUCCCCAUUCUCCCUCCUUCCAUCACCCCGCCCCAUUCUCCCGCUUUCCAUCACACCGCCUGAAUCUUCUGCUUUCCAUCACCCCGCCCCAUUCUCCCGCUUUCCAUCACCCUGCCCCAUUCACCCGCUUUCUAUCACCCGCCCCAUUCUCCCGCUUUCCAUCACCCCGCCCCAUUCUCCCGCUUUCCAUCACCCCACCCCAUUCUCCCGCUUUCCAUCCCCCCCGCCCCAUUCUCCCGCUUUCCAUCACCGCGCCCCAUUCUCCCGCUUUCCAUCACUCCGCCCCAUUCUCCCGCUUUCCAUCACCCCGACCCAUUCUCCCACUUUCCAUCACCCCGCCCCAUUCUCCCUCCUUCCAUCACCCCGCCUCAUUCUCCCUCCUUCCAUAACCCCGCCCCAUUCUCCCACUUUCCAUCACCCCGCCCCAUUCUCACGCUUUCGAUCACCCCGCCCCAUUCUCCCGCUUUUCCUCACCCCGCCCCAUUCUCCCGCUUUCCAUCACCCCGCCCCAUUCUCCCACUUUCCCUCACCCCGCAACCAUCUCCUUCUUUCCGUCACCCCGCCCCACUCUCCCGCUUUCCAUCACCCCGCCCUAUUCUCCCUCCUUCCAUCACACCGCCCCAUUCUCACUCCUUGCAUCACCCCGCCCCAUUCUCCCGCUUUCAAUCACCCCGCCCCAUUCUCCCUACUUCCGUCACCCCCCCCCCCCCCUUCUCCCUCCUUCCAUAACCCCGCCCGAUUCUCCCGCUUUCCAUCACCCCGCCCCAUUCUCCCGCUUUCCAUCACCCCGCCCCAUUCUCCCGCUUUCCAUCACCUCGCACCAUUCUCCCGCUUUCCAUCACUCCGCCCCAUUCUCCCGCUUUCCAUCAGCCCGCCCCAUUCUCACUCUUUCCAUCACCCCACCCCAUUCUUCCUCCUUCCAUCACCCCGCCCCAUUCGCCUGAUUUCCAUCGCCCCGCCCAAUUCUCCCCCCCGCCCCAUUCUCCCGCUUUCCAUCACCCCGCCCCUAUCUCCUGCUUUCCAUCACCGCACCCUGUUCUCCCGCUUUCCAUCACACCGCCCCAUUCUCCCGCUUUCCAUCACCCCGCCCCGUUCUCCCGCUUUCCAUCACCCCGCCCCAUUCUCCCGCUUUCCAUCACACCGCCCCAUUUUCCCGUUUUCCAUCACCCCGCCCCAUUCUCCCGCUUUCCAUCACCCCGCCCCAUUCUCCCGCUUUCCAUCACCCUGUCCCAUUCUCCCGCUUUCCAUCACCCCGCCCCAUUCUCUCGCUUUCCAUCACCUCGCCCCAUUCUCUCGCUUUCCAUCACCCCGCCCGAUUCUCUCGCUUUCCAUCACCCCGCCCUAUUCUCUCGCUUUCCACCACCCCACCCCAUUCUCCUGCUUUCCAUCACCCCACCUUAUUCUCCCGCCCCGCCCCAUUCUCCCUCCUUCCAUCACCCCGCCCCAUUCUCCCUCCUUCCAUCAACCCUCCCUUUCUCCCUCCUUUCAUAACCCCGCCCCAUUCUCCCGCUUUCCAUCACCCCGCCCCAUUCUCCCGCUUUCCAUCACCCCGCCUCAUUCUCCCGCUUUCCCUCACUCCGCCACAGUCUCCCGCUUUCCAUUGCCCCGCCCCAUUCUCCCUCUUUCCAUCACCCCGCCCCCUUCUCCCGCUUUCCAUCACUGCGCCCCAUUCUCCCUCCUUCCAUCACCCCGCCCCAUUCACCCGCUUUCCAUCACCCUGCCCCAUUCUCCCGUUUACCAUCACCCCGCCCCAUUCUCCUACUUUCCAUCACCGCGCCCCAUUCUCCCGCUUUCCAUCACCCCGCCCCAUUCUUCCGCUUUCCAUCACCCCACCCCAUUCUCCUGCUUUCCAUCACCGCGCCCCAUUCUCCCUCCUUCCAUCACCCCGCCCCAUUUUGCCUCAUUCUCCCUCCUUCCAUCACCCCACCCCAUUCUCCCGCUUUCCAUCACCACGCCCCAUUCUCCCGCUUUCCAUCACCCCGCCCCAUUCUCCCGCUUUCCAUCACUCCGCCCCAUUCUCCCGCUUUCCAUCACCCCGCCCCAUUCUCCUGCUUUCCAUCACCCCACCCCAUUCUCCUGCUUUCCAUCACCCCGCCCCAUUCUCCCUCCUUCCAUCACCCCGCCCCAUUCUGCCUCAUUCUCCCUCCUUCCAUCACCCCACCCCAUUCUCCCGCUUUCCAUCACCCCGCCCCAUUCUCCCGCUUUCCAUCACCCCGCCCCAUUCUCCCGCUUUCCAUCACUCCGCCCCAUUCUCCCGCUUUCCAUCACCCCGCCCCAUUCUCCUGCUUUCCAUCACCCCGCCCCAUUCUCCCGCUUUCCAUCACCCCUCCCCAUUCUCUUGCUUUCCAUCACCUCGCCCCAUUCUACUGCUUUCCAUCACCACACCCCAUUCUCCCGCUUUCCAUCACCCCGCCCCAUUCUCCCGCUUUCCAUCAUCCCGCCCUAUUCUCCCGCUUUCCAUCACCCCGCCCCAUUCUCCCGCUUUCCAUCACCCCGCCCCAUUCUCCCGCUUUCCAUCACUCCGCCCGAUUCUCCAGCUUUCCAUCACCCAGCCCAAUUCUCCUGCUUUCCAUCACCCCGCCCCAUUUUCCCGCUUUCCAUCACCCCGCCCCAUUCUCCCGCUUUCCAUCACCCCGCCCCAUUCUCCCUCCUUCUUUCACCCCGCCCCAUUGUUUCGCUUUCCAUCACCCCGCCCCAUUCUCCCGCUUUGCAUCACCCCGCCCCAUUCUCCCACUUUCCAUCACCCCACCCCAUUAUCCCGCUUUCCAUCACCCCACCCUAUUCUCCCGCGUUCAAUCACCCCGCCCCAUUCUCCCUCCUUCCAUCACCCCGCCUCAUUCUUCCUCCUUCCAUCACCCCGCCCCAUUCUCCCUCCUUCCAUCACCCCGCCCCAUUCUCCCGCUUUCCAUCACCCUGCCCCAUUCUCCCGCUUUCCAUCACCCUGACCCAUUCUCCCGCGUUCAAUCACCCCGCCCCAUUCUCCCUCCUUCCAUCACCCCGCCUCAUUCUCCCUCCUUCCAUCACCCCGCCCCAUUCUCCCUCCUUCAAUCACCCUGCCCCAUUCUCCUACUUUCCAUCACCCUGCCCCCUUCUCCUGCUUUCCAUCACCCCGCCCCAUUCUCCCUCCUUCCAUCACCCCGCCCCAUCCUCCCUCCUUCCAUCACCCCGCCCCAUUCUCUCUCCUUCCAUCACCCCGCCCCAUUCUCUCGCUUUCCAUCACCCCGCCCCAUUCUCCCGCUUUCCAUCGCCCCGCCCCAUUCUCCCUCCUUCCUUCACCACAGCCCAUUCUCCUGCUUUCCAUCACCCCGCCCCAUUCUCCCGUUUCCAUCACCCCGCCCCAUUCUCCCGCUUUCUAUCACCCUGCCCCAUUCUCCCGCUUUCCAUCACCCCGCCCCAUUCUCCCGCUUUCCAUCACCCCGCCCCGUUCUCCCGCUUUCCAUCACCUCGCCCCAUUCUCCCGCUUUCCAUCUCCCCGCCCCAUUCUCCCUCUUUCCAUCACCCCGCCCCAUUCUCCCGCUUUCCAUCACCCCGCCCCAUUCUCCCUCUUUCCAUCACCCCGCCCCAUUCUCCCUCCUUCCAUAUCUGGGAGAAGGGGGUGAAAUCUGGGAGAAGGGGAUGGAAUCUAGGAGAAGGGGAUGGAAUCUGGGAGAAGGGGAUGGAAUCUGGGAGAAGGGGAUGGAAUCUUGGAGAAGGGGAUGGAAUGAGGGAGAAGGGGAUGGAAUCUGGGAGAAGGGGAUGGAAUCUGGGAGAAGCGGAUGGAAUCGGGGAGAAGGGGAUGGAAUCUGGGAGAAGGGGAUGGAAUGAGGGACAAAGGGAUGGAAUCUGGGAAAAGGGGAUGGAAACUGGGAGAAGGGGAUGGAAUCUGGGAGAAGGGGAUGGAAUAUGGGAGAAAUGGAUGGAAUCUGGGAGAAGGGAAUGGAAUCUGGAAGAAGGGGAUGGAAUCUGGGAGAAGGGGAUUGGAUCAGGGAGAAGGGGAUGGAAUCGGAGAAGGGGAUGGAAUCUGGGAGAAGGGGAUGGAAUCAGGGAGAAGGGGAUGGAAUUUAGAAGAAGGGGAUGGAAUUUGGGAAAAGGGGAUGGAAUCUGGGAGAAGGGGAUGGAAUGGGAGAAGGGGAUGGAAUCUGGGAGAAGGGGAUGGAAUCUGGGAGAAGGGGAUGGAAUCUGGGAGAAGGGGAUGGAAUAUGGGGGAGGGGGAUGGAAUCUGGGAGAAUGGGAUAGAAUUUGGGAGAAGGGGAUGGAAUCUGGAGAAGGGGAUGGAAUCUGGGAGAAGGGGAUGGAAUCUGGGAGAAGGGGAUGGAAUCUAGGAGAAGGGGAUGGAAUUUGGAAGAAGGGGAUGGAAUUUGGGAAAAGGGGAUGGAAUCUGGGAGAAGGGAAUGGAAUGGGAGAAGGGGAUGGAAUCUGGGAGAAGGGGAUGGAAUCUGGGAGAAGGGGAUGGAAUCUGGGAGAAGGGGAUGGAAUCUGGGAGAAGGGGAUGGGAUCAGGGAGAAGCGGAUGGAAUCGGGGAGAAGGGAUGAAAUCUGGGAGAAGGGGAUAG